GGGUAGACAAAGGUAGCCUGAGAGUGGAUGUGUGCCGCUUAUUUCAUUUACACACGCAUACAUAGAAACAGACACACACACACACAUACUCUCUCUCUGUCUCUCCCACUCUCUCUCCUCUCACUCACACUCUCUCUCACACACACACCCUCGAGCAGAAGCGGCAGAGCUGUGUGGGUGUGAGGCAGCAUGAGAAGUGAUAUCUGUACUUCCACACAUACAGCUGGCUGAUGGACUAACUUAAUCACAAAUUUAAGCUCACCUACUGUACGCAUACUUACUAGCACACCUUGAUCAUAGGCAGGCAGACCAGCGCGCGCUCAUAAACACACUCACUUACGCCAGCACGCGCAACCUUCCAGCAGCCAGAAGCCAGAAGUCAACAUGGGUCUUGUGAUGGGAACCUUUUCCAUGCAAUCCAAGCAAGUGUCCUACCACAAAGACAAAGCUGAUGAUGACUUGGAGAUGACAAUGGUUUGCCAUCGACCGGAGGGCCUCGACCAGCUAGAAGCUCAAACCAACUUCAGUAAAAGAGAGCUCCAAGUGCUCUACAGGGGCUUCAAGAAUGAGUGUCCAAGUGGUGUCGUAAAUGAAGACACCUUCAAGCAAAUAUACUCCCAGUUCUUCCCACAUGGAGAUGCCAGCACCUAUGCGCACUACCUGUUCAAUGCAUUUGACACAGGACACACAGGAUCCAUAAAGUUUGAGGACUUUGUAACAGCUCUGUCCAUCCUGCUGAGAGGCUCUGUCACCGAGAAGCUCCAGUGGACCUUUAACCUCUAUGAUAUCAACAGAGAUGGAUACAUAAACAAAGAGGAGAUGACAGACAUCGUCAGAGCAAUCUAUGACAUGAUGGGGAAGUACACUUACCCUGUUUUGAAAAAUGACGCACCCAAACAGCAUGUGGAUGCCUUCUUUCAGAAAAUGGACAAAAACCGAGACGGUGUGGUGACUCUUGAUGAAUUCAUCUUUUCUUGUCAAGAGGAUGAAAACAUUAUGAGGUCCCUCCAGCUCUUUGAAAAUGUCAUCUAGACACGAGGGAGAUGGUGCAGCAGACGAAGCACAGAGUGUGAGAAGAGAAACGAACAACAGGAAAAAGAAGGAGGAGAAGGAGUGAUGAAUAAGAAUCUGCAAGCAAAAGGAACAACCUAACUUAUGAGAGAAGGCAGACAAGAAGCUUGUCAAUUUGGGUGUGACUGUUUUCCACAAAACCUUCUGGAAGGCAUCCUAUUGUAAGAAAUCUAAGGCGACAAACCUUCACUGGUUUUGGAAAGCCUCCUUUAGACAAAUUUGACCUUUCUGUGACCACUUCUCUCAUCUCCACCUCCCUCCCUCGUUUGUUGCUGUUGUCAGUGUCAUCUUGGAUGGUGUGCACUUAGUGCCACUAUGUAAAUACUGCCCCUCUCACAUUUGGUUGAAGGCCUUUCUGAGUUAUGUAAAAUUGUUACCAUGCAAGGACUUAAAUUUCUGAAUGCAGCUUAGCAGAGAGAGCAUCCAAACGCACACUUUGCUCAUUAGAGGCUUAAAUAAGAGCAUUAUAAAUUUCUGUGUCAAUACAAUGAACUUGAGCAAUAUUGUGAAGCAUGCACAAGAGAUUCCUACAGUGUAAUAAAUGAAUAUGUGUCAUAAAACUCGGUGGCAAUAUACACAACAUCUUGCUAAACGGUUACGUUUGGGAUGCCCGGUCUGUGUGCAGCAUCUCACCGAGCCAGCUCGGCCGUUUUUAGACAUAAAUUCAAACAUAGGUCUGUAAAGGUUUGCAGAGCUGAAUGUGUGAAUAUGUCCCAGCUUGUGACAUUCUUAGGUCUUGUGACAGCUUGCAACAGUCCUCAGAGGCCUCCUUAACUCCUAAUGUGUGUUCCAGUGUCGUCGGUCGGUGUUUGAAUGUUGUAAUGACUCGACUGUAGAUAUUUAACUGUUGUGUCUGUGGCUUCUUCUCAGUGUCUUGAAUCACUGGUGUCUGUCUGUGUGUCUCUGACUACCUGUCUGUCCUUCUGUCAGAUUGGAUAUAACCCUGUAAUUAUUCUACCUGCCACUCGGUGUUAAAUAAAGAGCCCAUUUAGAGGUUUCCCGGCAUGCAGAUGGAGAGCAAUACGAGGAUGUGCACGUGUUUGUGUGUGUGGUGUCCCGGUGUGAAGGUCCCAUUUCCCUGAAUAUUAAAGUCUCAUUUAUUCUAGCAUGUAGCUUCAUCUUCAAAUGAGCUGACUGUGUUUUUGCAUGAGAGGCGAGGUUUGUCUUUAACUCUGUCUGUUGAAAACGUCAACUCAGAGCGACCAAAACUUCACUGUGAGGGAGAGAUGUUGAAGGGAAGAUUACAGAGGAGGACAAAGCUCAGAGAAUAAGACAGAAGAUGAAAGUAAAGACCUAUUCACUGAUUAUGAAGGAAUGGAAGCCAUGUUUCAAAUAAGAGCCAUCGUUUUUGAAGACUGAGUAGUGCAAAAAUACAUUUAUAAAUGGUUUACUGUCAUGCCUACUCACUGUGCUACCAUUAUAGUGAUUAAAAAAAAGCAAAAACCAACUGACCCCAGACAUACUUUCACAUAGACAGACGGAUAGACAGGCAUACAGACAGACACACUUAAAACAGUCAGAAUGAAAUAAUGUGUGUAUUGAAAUACUGUAAAAAAUCAUUAUAUUUAUCAAUAAACUUUUCAAG